CCGCGUCGCUCAGUCAAGCAGAAGAAGUGGACGAGUGAGGUUGUAUCGCGAUUGGUGGUUUGCUGCUGCUCCACACGGGGGAGCCGCCGUCGUAUUCCCAAAGGACAUCGUCCUGCUAAUAGUCGUCGUGUGAAUUUUGAAUUGAUUUUGACGUUGUUUCGAGCUGGUUGAUGAAUCACUUGUUAGUGCAAGAAUUCGGAAUCGUCAUUGCAUGAAAGGUUGGAAAGUUGUUCCUGUGGAACGAAUUCAUGGAUUCUUGAGUGGAAUGAUUUUGAAUAUCCGUCCAGUUGUUUGACGGUUAUCGGGAAUCACCUCUUUGCGCCUUGACUGAUUUUGAAGGGGGUCCUGUCGCUACGAUUUCCUGUCGUAAUCACAGAAGAACGCCAGCCUAGAAGAACGUCUUGACGGACGUUGGUGAGAAGGGACGCCAUGAUUCUUUGGGGCUUGGUCCCCAAGCACUGCUGCUGAAAAUCUUGAGACGAGUAAAGACUGUACAGCCCAAAUAGGACUUCAAAGGACCUCAGUGGCGUGAUUGAUUCCUGGAAACGCCCAUUAGAUCCCAAGUCCAACGACGAUGUCUCCAAAAGCGAUGUUCGCAGCAGCCUUCUUGAUAUUAUCUCUGUCAGCGGUGUCUGGGCGCAAACAUUCUUCACACUCAGAGAACCGACGCCCUCCAACGUACGGUGACCUCGGGGCAGCGGUGGCCGGGGGUCUGGUCUCUUUGGCACGAACUGCCCAUCGCCCGCCCACGAAGCUUGGAAUCGACAUACCCUUGGAUCCCCUGCGAUCGUCCUCGGAACUCAAGUACGUCCACGAGGGGGAUUUACUCCAUCUCAAGCUCGUCCUUGACAACGUCACCCUCAUCGGGUUCAAAUCGCUGACAGUCCAGGAGGUCACCUUCAAGAGGCCCGAUGACGGCUUCUCGAGAGAUCCCUGGGCAUCCGACACGGGGGGCGGCCACCAUUACAGAGGAGAAGAAGAGGAGCAGGACUACGACUACCCGGAGGGCGACCUCUACCCAUACGACGACUGGUCAAAAAUGACAAUGCAGGACUCCCCAACGGCAGGAGCCACCAGGUACCAAAGCGGAGCGGUCAGCAGAGGUAGGAACCCUCGUGGUUCCGAUACCCCGACUUCUUCGGAGGGCAUCAUUCGCGUGGCAUUCAAGCAGAUGGCAGUCAAAGCCAAGUACCAAGUCAGGGGCAACGCCGAAGGGUAUUUCACCUUCAGGGAGUCUGGCGAUCUCACCCUCACUUCCCCGACAGUAUUCCUGACGACGAGGCUGAACGUGACUCUUCCCGGCUUUGGAUACCAUCCACAUCAGACGGCCAUCCCAAGACAUGGCCGAGUGAAGGUACUUUGGGCCCGCAGCAAUGUCAGCAUAGGCAGCACGUCAUUACUCUUGCAGCCAGGAGCCUAUCCUCCAGAGUUUGUGAGACAACAAGUACAGUCUAAGCUGGAAGAACUGACAAGUGACUUGAGCCACGGCCACGGGGCAGUCCGCCUUCUUUUGAGACGCUGGGGAAGGCUGGUCAAAAGGCUCAUCCACCGAACAGCACAAAGCCUCACAAAGUGAAAAAUCUCUCUCUCCAACUUUUCAACUUUAGCCUUAAGUCACCCUGCAACUUCAGUGUUUUCGUAACAGAGGGAUACAUGUACUGUUUAUCAUUUGACAUUGGAGCAAGAAAAUCAAAAGAUAUGAUUUGAAGUAAGUUUAGAGUUUUUCAUGUAGAGUAGGUUUUGUUAGAAAAUGCAAUUGGGAAUUGACGAGGAAAUCAUAAUAUGAAACGAGAAUGAUUUUUUAAAACUUUUGCCAAGAAAAUCAAAAGAUGUCUGAAUUGGAACUACAGGUGCCAUAGAAAGGUUGCUGCAAGAGACUCUUUAAACUGCACAUAUCACUGUAUAUACUUCCUUGCAUGGAUCUAUGUGAUAAACAAAUCUUAUUGAAAAUGUGGAUAAUGUAAUGUCACACUCAUACGAACUUAGCUGUUUAUAAAUGAUAGCCAGAAAUCUAGUUAGUAAUCAUACCUGUUAACAAAGUAAAAGUUUAGAAUUUUUACAUGGUAAAAAUUUUGUAGGUGACCUUGUCUUGCUUUAUAAAGUAUCUGAAUGUAGCUGAUAGAUACAAAAGUAUAAAUUAUUUUUUUUCUCUUGGCUUUCUGUGUUUGGAAGGUAAUAAAUAAAAUAAUUUUUUCAAAGUGCUGAAAAUUGAGGCAAUGCAAAAAUGGACAGCUGCAAGUUAUGACUGGUUUUGCAGGAAUGACUCAAGAAUAACUGAAACAUCAGGGAAGAUUAGAUGUUUGUCUUUUUAAGCUUUUACUAAACUGAGCACAUUAUGUUCAUUGUGGUGAAACCAAGAUAUAUAUUAUUAUUUUUAGGGUUCAUAAGCCAGAUUUACUAUAUACUUAAAAGUUACCAAGUAAUUUAUGUAAAACUAUGUAUAACGGUAACUCUGUAAAAGAACAUUUAAAACUGCAGUAUAAGACAUAAAUGUCCAUAACAAAUUAUUUUCCAUGUAGUGAGAGAUAACCCUUAAUUAUUAUAAUCUUGGCGGAUAUCAAAAUUUGAUAUAGAAAUUUUAUUUUUGUAUAAAAAAUGUGCCCAUUUCACAUUUCCACUUGAACCAAGGCCAAGGAUAACAGCAGAAUUCAGUUGCUUCAACAACCUCAGCCUCUGCUGAUUAAUUACAGUUGUAUUUGAUUUAUAUCAUCAUAUUGAGUGUUACACUUGCUGAAAGAAAGUACAAAAUCUUCUGACAGUUACAAAGGUAAGAUCAUGUUGGUAUAGAGACUACGGUACAUACAGUAUAUUUAGUUCGUAACUUGUAUAAUAUUCUACAGUAUAUUCUAGCUGUCAUAUCAGAUGUGGAAAUGAGGUCUCAGUAUUGAAAUGAAUUCUUCAAUAAGCAACUCUGUUUUGUUGCAUAUUAUUCUCUUUGCAUGUGUACAGUACAGAUGGUAAACUACCUACCAUCCGUAUUUCUGACAUUUUAGGGUACCAGCAUAUCCUUCGUCUGGCAGAUUAUACAAAUCUUGAUCAAAUUGUGAAAAUUUAUUUCAUUGCUGAAAAGCAAUGUUAACUGUAACUGGCAUAUUUAGGAAUGAAAUUGAAUUUGUCAUUUAACUGAGUUUGAAAUUAAGCACAGUGGCAACUUACUAGAACAUAAAUUAUUCCUACGGCAACUUACUAGAACAUAAAUUAUUCCUUCAGUUUUAGCAUAAUAUCUAAUUGUUAAUUUUAAGCCCUCGCUGCUGUUCUUUUGAAAGGGAAAUUAUCUAGUUUUUCCAUUUACAGAAGUUCAAUUAUUUUUCUACUUUUUAGAUGCAAGUCUACUAACGUGGAUAGAUGGAUGAUGGGGUUAUUAAUACAGUAAUCAAAUACUGUAAUACCAAAUGAUUCAGAUGACCAAAUUCUGAGUUUUUUUUUUAUUUUGGCUUCCCCUUUCAUUUUUAUUAAUGUAAGACAUUUAAGACAAGAUAUUUUGAGUUCUCACAUGUUUUGCAGGUAUCCAAAUGUUUCUUAUAAAAUGCAUACGAUUUUGUAAUCUGUUCUUUUGUUGCUCAAGGAAAAACUGGACUAGUACAUAAUCAACUGUCAAAAUUUAAGUUACCAGUGACAGUUAGCGACAGACUCUUGCAGAUGGAAGUUGACCUCAUAUUUGGUUCCGCAUCUGCAAUGAGAUGCUAUAGGGUUUAUCCUUUACCUUAAAGAGGAGAAACUGUAUGGCAUAGCAUUGAGUUGUACUGUAAUUAAAUGCAGAGUAUAGGCUUUAUGGUAUAAUCUUUAUGGUGUACUGAGUACUGUCAUAAACAACUGUUCCCCUUCACAGUUAAAUAAUAAUGUUCCAUUAUUAUAUAGUUGUGAUGCAUCAUAUAUGUAGUCAUAUAAUUAUUAAUACUGUUCAACAAAGUAUUCAAGAAUUCUAUAAUUGUACAUGAAUUUAAAAAACGUUCAAUAUAGUCUUAUUCAACAAAUAAUCUGUCCAGAUAGAGUGAAUAUUUUAUUCAUCAAGUACUUUUUACUUCGUUUCCAUAAUGGUUGUUCUAAGUAAGGCUACAUGUUUUUAUUAUGUCUAUACUACAUACGUACUAUGAGUUUUUUUGUGAAGGUGAAAUGUAUGUUUAAGUUUUGGAUAUCAUGAAGGCUUACAGUAAGUACUGAGUGGGUCAGAACAGCCUUCGACCAGGUAUGCAGGAUGUUGGGUUCAUUCCUAAAAAAGAGAAAGGUGAACCAGAGAAAAGGGAACAAGACAUAGGCAGCUUUCAAGUUCAUGUUUGGCAGAGUCCAAAGGUUCAUAGGUCACCUCACCAAGACUGUCUAAAGAGGUUUGAUUGAUUAAUGAUUGUUUGGUCUAACAAACUGGAACUAGAACCAUUAGGGUAUUCAGUACCAAAUUUUUAAAGAGGUGAAACAUUUCAGCCCAAAGCUCUCAUGAGAAAUUUUAACCUUUGAACCUUUGAGAAUGAUGAGGUUCAAUAUUCAAGGAAUGACUGUGCUUUUGAAUUCAGUCAUGAAUAUCUUGGAAGAACUGCUGUUAGGAUCUCUUAAAACUUUCUUCCAUCAAAAUAAAGGUAAUAGGCAUUUUAUAGAACACAGCAGUCCUACAUAGUUACCACUGUGGUCCAACAAUUAUGACACCUCCUCCAGAGAUUCCAACUCCAAACUCAUACAUGGAUACAUAAGAGCAGCCACUGUGUUGACUACAACUUCUCCAGGCACAGAAUAUUAAAUCAUGAGAUAGUAUAACCAGACCACUGUAAUAACAUUUUCAGCUCUCACCAAUUAUGGAUUCUUUAAAAUUUAUUUCCCAAGACUGAUUUCAACAAGGUUUCUCCAACAGAUUUCCAUUCCAUACCUGCCAGCCAUUGUUGAUUGAAACCAGGGCAGUCAUGCAAAACAUUUUACAGUUAAUGCCGCACUGGAUCAUGAGUUGUGCUCAUUAACUUAAGUGUUAAAUAGGUGUAACUCAGUUUGUACUGAUCAUUGUUGCAACCCCAUAUUGGGUUAAUCUGUUUGUACAUAAUCCUUAGAUGAUUGGACUUGAACCAACCAGUCAUGAGUUUUAUGUUCUCACCUAGCUGUCAGCUCCUUCAGCUCUAUCUUGCUUCAAUGUUCACCUUUAAGGAACUGAUCAUUUGAGUAAGCUCUGAUUCUUAAAAUGUGACUUGGGUGUAUUGUUAAAUUACUGAUAAUAAUAAUAAUAAUCGACCUACAUACAUGAGUAGCUUGUAUUCUCACAUGAACAUAUCAGAAUUUGUAUGAACAGUUCUUAUGUUUCAAAGAUGCAUAUAUUACUUUCAAAGAGUUCCUUUUUUGUGCCCCAUAAAGUAGCUGCAAAGGUUUACUUUACAUGUCUUGUAGAGGCAAGAUAAGUGAAGCAUAGGGUACAUGCAGGAGGAGGUAUCUUCUAUAACAAAAGCCAGCCUCAACAGUUUGCUUGCUGGCAGCCGUUACCAAGACAGUUAUAAAUCAUAAAUCACAACCUCGAGAAAGCAGUACAUCAAAUAGUUUGUAUCUGUGAAAAAAGCUUUAUGUCUUUGUAGUUCAAAAUCCCUAUAAAUUAUUAUUUUUUUUUUUGCAUAUUAAAACAGCACUAAGUUUUGUAUAUGUAAUAAUUGUGUAGUUUCUCCUUUUUCAUAUUUUCAUGUUGUAUAUUAUCAGUGUGAUGUUCUAAACAUCUAAAAUGACUGUCUGUAUCCCUCAAUGUAAAUAAUGCAUAUCAGUAGGAUACAGGAGUGAUAGUUUUAGAAUAGUGCAGUGUGUAAACCAGCUCAAGAAAUAAAAUAUUACUGUUGU